CCCCACACCUUUGGUCCCGCGUGAAUGAACUUGCCAGCCCCCCUCUCACUGCUGCACCAUGAAGACCAGUCGGAAGUGCCGUGCCCUGCUCUCCGUGGGCCUGAACCUGCUGGCCCUGCUGCUGUCCACCACGGCCUUCAUCACCACCUACUGGUGCCAGGGCACGCAGAGGGUCCCCAAGCCCAACUGCAGCAAGGAGCGCCGCCACAACUGCAUCGACUACGGCGUCAACGAGACGGACCCCAGCAAAGUGCACUACAGCUGGGAGACCGGCGACGACCGCUUCCUCUUCAGGCACUUCCACACCGGCAUCUGGUACUCCUGCGAGGAGAACAUCCACGGAGGAGGUGAGAAAUGCAGGAGCUUUAUUGAUCUGGCUCCAGCGUCGGAGAGAGGUGUCCUUUGGCUGUCAGUGGUCUCUGAGGUGCUAUACAUCAUGCUCCUGGUGGUUGGCUUCAGUCUGAUGUGCUUGGAGCUCUUUCACUCCAGUAAUGUGAUCGAUGGGCUGAAGCUGAACGCCUUCGCCGCAGUCUUCACCGUUCUCUCAGGUCUUCUGGGCAUGGUGGCUCAUAUGAUGUACACACAGGUGUUUCAAAUCACAGUCAGUCUGGGUCCAGAAGACUGGAGACCACAUACGUGGGACUACGGCUGGUCCUUCUGCAUGGCUUGGGGCUCCUUCACCUGCUGCAUGGCGGCCUCCGUCACCACCCUCAACUCUUACACCAAGAUGGUGAUUGAGUUCCGGCACAAGCGGAAGCUCUUCGAGCAGGGCCUCCGCGAGGAGCAAACCUUUCUGGACCAGGAGGCCUUCCACUACUUCCGUGACCGGUCAGUGCAGUCCAUCUCCAGUGCAGUGGACGUGUACCCAGGCCAUGGGAGCGCACAUGGAAGCGUGUAUGGUAGCAGCCAUGGAAAAAUGAGGGCCCCCUCAGCCUCUGUGGACCUGGGGGACAACACGGAGUCUCUGGGGGAGGAGCAGUGCUAAAGGGUUUUCACAGCACAGGCCUUUGCUAUGGACCUGGAAUCCUGCAAGAAAAGUGGUGCAGAACCACAAUGGACUGAAAAUCUAGGGAGGGGCUAAAAUAAGUGAGUUUAUAUUUGAAAUAUAUCGUCAAAGGUCAGAUAUUUUCCUUGUAUGCGAAAAGGUAUGGACAUGGGGCGGUAUAGGAAGAGUUCUUCUGGAAGAGAGGAUAAAGCACGAGUUUAUAGUUGAAAGUAUGAAAAGGAACGAGAAUGAGAAACAGUAAUAUGUCAGCAGAGGGAGUUUAAAAACUGAGUUUAUAUAUGAAUAUAAAAUAAAAGGUGAAAUAUUUUCCGCAUAUGCGACAAUGAAUGGACACAAGAUGGAACGAUGAGAAUUCUACCACAACAUGACAGCAAAGGGGGAAAAGUGUGUAUAUUUGAAUAGAAAGUGAAAAGUAAAUAUAUAUAUAUAUAAAGGG